AUGCAUGCAGAAAGACAUAGCUCUCAGAACAUGCAUACUGUGUAUGACCAAAAUGUACCUAUUUCAAAUAUAUGCACUCAUCAAGCAAUCAUAGGAUGUGCCCAAAUACUAUGCUCUGGGAAGUUUAAUUGGUAUACAUGUAAUAAGUAUACCUGUCUACAGGGCAUGGCAGCAUCAGUAACCACAGCAAAGAAAGUAAGGGUGGUAGCCAUUCAUGACUUUGACCCACUGCAAGCUGAUGCUAUUUUAACACAAGACUGCCUCAAGAAUCCACCCAGCAUACAGGCUCAGUUACCAUUAUCCAGGGGUCAAUGUCUUGAGAUUCUGACCAAGAAUAUAAAAUCUUGGUGGCUCUAUGUAAGAUGUGUUUUCAGCGAAAAGGAAGGAUUCAUACCAAGCACUUGUGUUGUUCCUUUGAGGGAGGAUGUGGAUGAUGAGAAGCUUCGUAAUCUUGUUAAUGGUGGCCAACUGUCAUCCUCUCUGGUUAAUAGACAGGUGGAAUCAAAGUUCUUUCCAAAUAUCCUGAAUGUUACUAAUAUAUCCAGCAAAAAGAUUGAAUCAAGGAGGAAGCCAUGCCCUGAGGAGAAAGCUAAUAUAUUUUCACGCUUGUCAUUUUGGUGGCUAAACAGUCUCAUUUUAACUGGCUUUAAAAGAGCACUGCUGGACAGUGAUUUAUGGGCACUGGAGGAGGGAAGUUUGUCUCACAGUAUUGUGCCAAGACUUCAGAGUGAAUGGGAGAAAGAAAUAAGGAAGUGUCAUGGCAGAAACAGAGCACCACGUUCUAAUGACGAGGACUUUGAACAGAAUCAUCUUCAGAGUGCCAGUGAUGUUGCAUUUGUUGGAAAAUGCAGAGAGCCCUCUCUAAUCAAAGCCAUGAUACAAGUAUUUGCUCCUUACUUUGUGAUUGGCGUUUUCUUCAAGUUGCUGAAUGACAUUCUGUUGUUCGUUCAGCCGUACCUUUUAGGGUGGGUGAUUACUUUUUGUAUUGGAGCAAUUUUCAAUUGA